CAGCGGACAUCGCUCGUGUUCCGACUACUUUCCUUAUUGGUGCUGAUGGGACGAAAAUACAACUUUUACACAUGAAAGCAAGUGACACUUCUUUCUUUGUGUUCAUCACCAGAAGAAUGAAUUGGUUUGGUUUUGGUUUCAAUGGCUUUGGUCAGAUACGGCCGGCAGAUGUAACCUGUAAAGUGAACACACCUGUCCUGAUUUCAGAUGUGUGUAGAUCAAACUGUAGAGUAAGAGCCAGCUGGAGCUCCAGAGCGCAUGUGCAUCACUCAGACGGUGGCAGUCAUGUGUGUGUGUCAGGGUUCGGGUCCGGGUCAUCAGAACAGGUGUGUGAAGACACUGUUCCAGAGAGUCGGGGGUGCGCAGACGCUCUCAUCAGCGAAACACACCUGACGCUCAACUUCACAGACAGAGUGGAAUGCUGGGAAAUACAGAAGCCACAAAACAAGCUUGUGUGGAAGAGGGAGCAAGACCUCUCUGGCAAUACCGGACAAACCGUCCCGCUGCCGUUGGUGCCAGGCGGGUACGUCAUGCCCAGAUCUCCUUUCUUCCGCGCGCUGUGCUCUGAGCUGUGUGUCGUGAGCCUGGCGUUGGGCACAGGACACGCGGUGCUGCUGACGUCAGUCGGGACUGUGUAUUCCUGGGGAUCUGGAAGUCACGGUCAGCUGGGUCACGGCGCGCUGGCGUCGCAGGACGAGCCUCAGGUCGUGGAGGCGCUGUGGGGCGUCCCGAUGCGAGCAGUGUCCGCUGGGAGCUGGCACUCCGCUUCUGUCAGCACUGGCGGGGACCUGUAUAUCUGGGGCUGGAAUGAAAGCGGGCAGCUCGGUCUGCCAUCUAGAGGCCUGGAGGAGGAAAAACACAGAGCAAAAAGCGAUGGAAACACUGUCCAGACCAUAAAUAAAGAUGAAAAGGACCACGCCGAUACGUUCAUCUCAAUUCAAGCGUUCCCUGCUCUAGUGGACGUCCCUGAUGUGUCGGAGAUCAGCAGGAUCAGCUGUGGGUCACGUCACACAGCCGCCGUCACAGGUACAGGGGAUCUGUACACCUGGGGAUGGGGUCAUUAUGGACAGCUGGGACACUGCAGUGAAGAUAGCACAGAUGAGCCGACGCUGGUGGAUUAUUUCCCUACGCACAGCAUGUGUGUUCAGGACGUUGUCUGUGGGUUAUGGAACACGUUUGUGUCCGCUGUGCCGAAAGAACAAUCUCCGUCCUGACAGAAACGGACCCAUUUCAUACCAGGAUGUCAAAGUUGCAGUAUUAAGAGUUUAUUAAAUUAGGUACAAAUAUAUGAUGUAAAAUACAGGAUAGAAAGUAGAGUUAGUAAAAAAUGUUUCAAAAAUAUAAACAGUUGAAACAUUAAAUGAGAGAAUACAUUCACAUGCUACAUUAUUGACAGAUUAAAAGCUCAGGUGAAAAAUCUGGACCGGAGAGAGACGCUUCCAUUCGGUGGAAACUUCACAACACAAUCUUGAAUGAACUGCAAAAGAACAUCGUCAAUCAGUGAGGAUCGGGACAACUGCGGCCUCAUGAGUUCACAAGUCACAAUUAUCCUGUCAUUUUGUUUAGGCAAUUUCAUAUUUCUUUCUCACUUCUUUUGCUUCACUACAAAAACAGGAUACUUUUUUUCACUAACACAAAAUGUAAUAUAAAA